AUGAGCAAGAUCCUGGGCCAGAACGUGGCCGAGGACGCGCAGCCCAUCCUGGCCAAGCGCACCACCGCGCGCAUGCGCGAGAUCCAGAGCGACAGGAAGGAGACCAAGACGGCGCGACUCAGCGCCGCCGAGAAGCGCGAGCGCGACCAGAACGAUAUGGCCGUGCCCGACCACACGACGGCUGUGCAGGACCGCGAGCUGCGCAUGAUCGCGACGAAAGGAGUGGUGGCGCUGUUUAAUGCCAUCGAGAAGCACCAGCACCAGAGCGGCAAGAGGGAGGACAAGAACGACAAGAAGGUGAAGGAGAUGUCCAAGGACAACUUCCUGGGGCUGCUCAAGGCGUCGCAGCAGAAGUCGACGUCGACGACGGACAGGUCUGCCGCUGCCGCCAAGAAGAGCUCGUGGUCCGUGGUGCAGGACGACUUCAUGAUGGGCGCCAAGCUCAAGGACUGGGACAACCAGCACGGCACGGAGGUGGGCCGCGUGCGGCAAACCGGCGACGCGGACGUGGAGGCGGCCGAGGACGUGGCCUGGAAACAGGCCGGAGACGCGCUGGACAGCGACGACGACGCGCCCGCAGACAGCAAAAAGACCGCCAAGCGACGGACAUCGGCGGCCGCCAAGAAGAGCGGCGCCAAGAAGCCCAAGCGCUCGUAG